UGCACCACAUCGCAAUUUGUUUAGAAGAUGCGAUGAACGGUCUGCAUGAGACGUUGGCUGAGACAUUUUUUAUAUGUCACGACUGUGACGUAAUGCGACAUGUACUCGCAUUCAUUCUGCGCUUUCACAUUUUCUCAACCUCAUCAUAAUUCUUUCUUACGACAGCUUGUAGUAUCACGAAAACCAACAAAAUAGUCACCAAACUCACCAGAUAAAGAAAAGAGAAGAGAAGAGGAUAAUGACUGCUCCCUUCUCUCUUACGCAAACCAUCCUCGCCUCCGACCCCCUCGCCUACAAAUCGGCCACGCAAUCUACUUUCCUUACUCGCGCCUCCGAGGGUCGUGUCUCCAAACACCAUCUCGGACAAUGGCUCUCCAAUGACCGGCUUUAUAUCCACGGAUAUAUCCGCGGCGUGGGUCGUCUGCUCAGCUUUCUACGGCUCCCCGAGACGGUGGAAGACAAGGCAGACGUCUCCGAAAGCACAAAGCUGCUUCACUGGAUGAUUGACGCACUGGUGAAUAUCCGCCGAGAGGAAGAGUUUUUUGUCCGGACCGCGGCGGAAUACGGCAUAAGUCUCGAUCUCAGCGACAAACUCGAAGGUCUCCGUCGUUUCGAGACUCUCUUUGAUGGUACAUCCCCCGGCGGUGGCGACAAGGCCAUUCUACCCUGGCUCGAGUCGGCGAUAGUAUUCUGGGCAACCGAGAAAUGCUACCUCGACGCCUGGUCCGGCGCAUCAGCCCGGCUCUCCGCUGUGUCAGAUGCCGAUGAGGAUGGUGGGGCCCUGAGGCGGGAAUUCAUACCGAACUGGAGUUCCGUGGAGUUUGCGCGGUUUGUCGACCAGCUGGGCGAGAUUAUCGACUCUGCGGUGCAGCGCGAGAUGGCUCUUUGGCAAAAUGAAGGCGAGGAGGCAAUCAAAGGAGAGUUGCUGGAUAGAGCAUUGGCAAAGUGGCGCGAGGUGCUGGCUGCGGAGAAGGCGUUUUGGCCGACAAUGGAAUAGUAAUAGCAAACAUGGUGCUGGCGUUCAGCUUGGAUAAAGAUGCACAGCUCUACGCAAGGAUAUACACUAGGACAUGAAUUUGAUACGGAUGAAUGAGCAAAGGGAAACAAAUGGUAGCCAAGAGUUCUUGGCUGUGAUGCUAACCAUACCGCCACAGUAAGAGCCAAGAAAGAGUAUCCAGAGCCAAGCCUCGCUAACUUACAUGGAGAAGAUUGGCAUCAUCAGGGAAAGAUGGCGUUCAGCAGAUGUCCGAUAUUGCAGCACGAUACCAUGCUUUGUACUCUAUGCCUAACAAGGAAUCUGCAAGCCGGUAUGUAAACGAUAGCGAGCGGCUAUUCCACGGCCCCUCGAAAGAAGUUGCCCGUUGCAUCAGAUGAGGACGUAACGGGCGGAGGAGCCGCAGCCCACAUUAACACUGACUGGGUUCGGAUAUGGAGUAUUAGAGUAGUAGAUGCUACAGCAUUCGAAACACCUAGUAGGUGCUACGGAGU